CGGCCGCGGGCGGCGGGGGGCUGUUUUCGGGCGGGGUGGGCGCCCAUGCUGUGGCCGGGGGCAGUGAGGAGGAGGAGGAGGAGCGGGCCGGCCGCGCUGCACUGAGGAAGGAGGUGGAGGAGGUGGCGGGAGUCCUCCCCCCCUCCCCGCCCGCCCCGCCGCCGCCGCCCGGGCUGUUCCUGUAAGGCGGGGAGACAAUGAGUAAACUCUCCUUCCGAGCGCGGGCGCUGGACGCCGCCAAACCGCUGCCCAUCUACCGCGGCAAGGACAUGCCUGAUCUCAACGACUGCGUCUCCAUCAACCGGGCCGUGCCCCAGAUGCCCACCGGGAUGGAGAAGGAGGAGGAAUCGGAACAUCAUUUACAGCGAGCUAUUUCAGCACAGCAAGUGUUCAGAGAAAAAAAAGAGAGCAUGGUAAUUCCAGUUCCUGAGGCAGAGAGCAACGUCAACUAUUAUAAUCGCUUGUACAAAGGAGAGUUUAAACAGCCGAAACAGUUCAUUCAUAUUCAGCCCUUUAAUCUAGACAACGAGCAACCAGAUUAUGAUAUGGAUUCAGAAGAUGAGACCUUGUUAAAUAGACUUAACAGAAAGAUGGAAAUUAAACCUUUGCAAUUUGAAAUUAUGAUUGACAGACUUGAAAAAGCCAGUUCUAAUCAGCUUGUAACACUUCAAGAAGCAAAACUGCUGCUAAACGAAGAUGAUUACCUUAUUAAAGCAGUAUAUGACUACUGGGUGAGAAAACGUAAAAACUGCAGGGGGCCAUCGCUCAUUCCUCAGAUAAAGCAAGAGAAAAGAGAUGGCUCUACCAACAAUGACCCUUAUGUUGCCUUUCGGAGGAGAACAGAGAAAAUGCAAACUCGAAAGAAUCGUAAGAAUGAUGAAGCCUCUUAUGAAAAGAUGUUGAAAUUGAGACGAGAGUUUAGUAGAGCCAUAACAAUUUUGGAAAUGAUUAAGAGAAGAGAGAAGACAAAAAGAGAAUUAUUGCACUUAACCUUAGAAGUUGUGGAAAAAAGAUAUCAUUUGGGAGACUAUGGUGGUGAAAUCCUUAAUGAAAUGAAAGUCAAUAGAUCCGAAAAAGAGUUAUAUACUCCUCCAGCAACUCUUCAUAAUGGAAAUCAUCACAAAGUUCAAGAAUGUAAAACUAAGCACCCUCAUCAUUUGUCUUUGAAAGAAGAGGCUUCUGAUGUGGUUCGUCAAAAGAAGAAGUACCCAAAGAAGCCUAAAGCAGAGGCUUUGAUAACAUCUCAGCAACCCACUCCUGAGACAUUGCCUGUGAUCAAUAAGAGUGACAUUAAGCAAUAUGACUUUCACAGCUCAGAUGAAGAUGAAUUUCCACAGGUACCAUCUCCAGUAUCAGAACCCGAAGAAGAAAAUGAUCCCGAUGGUCCCUGUGCUUUCAGGAGGCGAGCAGGAUGCCAGUAUUAUGCUCCUCGUUUGGACCAAGCUAACCAUUCAUUUGAAAAUUCAGAAUUGGCAGAUUUGGAUAAGUUGAGAUAUAGGCAUUGCCUUACGACACUCACAGUCCCAAGAAGAUGUAUAGGAUUUGCAAGGAGGCGAAUUGGCAGAGGUGGAAGGGUCAUAAUGGACCGAAUAUCCACAGAACAUGACCCAGUCCUGAAACAGAUAGACCCUGAAAUGCUGAAUGUUUUUUCAAGCUCUUCCCAACCUAUAGACUUUUCUUCUAAUUUCUCUUGGACCAAUGCUUCCAGUAAACAUUGUGAAAAUAGACUGUCCCUUCCUGAAAUAUUAAGCAAUAUCAGAUCAUGUCGACUACAGUGUUUCCAGCCAAGGCUACUAAACUUACAGGACAGUGAUAGUGAAGAAUGUACCUCAAGAAAACCAGGGCAGACUGUGAACAGUAAAAGAGUUUCCGCAGCAUCUGUAGCUUUAUUGAACACCAGCAAGAAUGGCAUAUCAGUAACAGGGGGUAUCACAGAAGAGCAGUUUCAGACACAUCAACAGCAGUUAGUUCAAAUGCAAAGGCAGCAACUUGCUCAGCUUCAGCAGAAACAGCAAUCUCAGCAUUCCUCACAACAGCCACACCCAAAAGCACAGGGCUCAGGCACCUCUGACUGUAUGUCUAAAACACUUGACUCAGCCAGCGCCCACUUCGCUGCAUCUGCAGUGGUCAGUGCGCCUGUUCCAGGUCGCAGUGAGGUCACCAAGGAACAGAACACCGGCCACAACAACAUCAAUGGCGUUGUCCAGCCUUCAGGAACCUCUAAAACAUUAUACUCCACCAAUAUGGCUUUAUCAUCCAGCCCAGGGAUUUCAGCUGUACAACUUGUAAGGACAGUUGGCCACACCACUACAAACCACUUAAUCCCAGCAUUGUGCACAAGCAGUCCUCAGACACUUCCCAUGAACAAUUCCUGCCUGACAAAUGCAGUGCACCUCAAUAAUGUCAGUGUUGUUUCUCCAGUCAAUGUGCAUAUCAAUACACGGACUUCAGCACCAUCGCCAACAGCCUUAAAACUUGCCACAGUUGCUGCCAGUAUGGACAGAGUGCCAAAGGUUACUCCUAGCAGUGCCAUGAGCAGCAUAGCAAGAGAGAACCAUGAACCAGAAAGAUUGGGUUUAAAUGGAAUAGCAGAGACAACAGUAGCUAUGGAAGUGACAUAACCUAAAACACGUGGCUUUGACCUGUGCUGAUGCUGUGCAGUCGUUCAUAUUCCAGCUGAGUGCGAAAGGCGAUACUCUGUGGGGUCACAGAGUGUAACAAUGGACCUAAAUGGACUACAGUAUAUCGGAUGUUAAAUCGAUAUAUGAUGUAUAUUUUGUAAAAUUGGGAAAAUCACUACCUUGUAAAAUAGUUUAUUUGUAUCAUCAAUAUUAUUUCUGUUACUUGAAUAGUAGAUAUUCAUCAUCAUGCUUUUGCACUUGAAUUUGCAACUGAAUGGAUUUUUAAAAAAUAAUUCUUUAAUGGGAUCAUGAGCAUGAAAUGGGAUCCUGCAUCACUUGUUUUAACUAUUUAUUUUGCCAUGUUUACAUUUUGUAUCUUGUAAAAAAAUAAAUCCAACUUUGUGUCUAAAAAGUUAAAGAUUCAUAUAGCUAGGAAAUGAAAUUCUUGUAAUUUUUUUCUAAAGGAACUGUAAAGUUUUCACUUGGUUCAUUUGUUUCACAAUUUGACUAGAUGGACUUUUUGGUAAAUACUUUAGUGGCAUUUCACUGUCAAAUAUGAAGUUCAAGGCAAAAUAGUAUUUUCUAUUACUGUGCAGGGGAAAGGGAUGGAUCGAUACAUGCAAAUUUAAUGUAGUAACUCACUUUUCCAUAUAUUUUGAAUGUAUAUUUCUAUUUAUAAUACCAGUUUAUAAAAAAAUAAUUAGACAGGAAAAAUGGACUAGGAGAAAUUAAGCAUCUAGCACAUUUAAACUGUGCAGAAAGAAAAUUUUUCGAGGAUUACAUUUUAUCCGAAGACUGCAUAUUUUAACUGGCUUUAGAACUAUAACACACCACAUAAAGGAUAUCUUACCAGGUAUGUAUUGCAUUAUAUCAUUGCAAUAAUUAUUGGAAGUCUAGAUAUCGAGCCAUCCCAGGUGUUGGGAGGGGGGAGGGUUGUGGCAAGAUUGUCUUUACAAUUUUGGAGAGUUUUCCUGUGGCUACAAGGCAAGUAACGGGUUGGAAAAAGUCUGACUGUAAGUGUUGGACACCUUCAUAGCGUAGUGUUUUAGUGACUUUUUUUAUACGGUUCUUGUAAAUUAGAUACGUGUAGUGGUGUUUCAGAAUGUUUGUUUAUGCACUAGUUCAGACAACUUUCCCUGUUACUUGUUCUUGAUAAGUGAAAACUGCAGGGAAAUAAAAAUACAUAUCAAAACAUG